CUUCUAUAUCCGAAGAAGAAGACAACCGGAAGUUAGCAACACGUUGCUAAGUGAAGCGCAAGCGUGAUUGGAAAAGCAAAAAUGUGCAAAGUGCAAAUGUUGCGAGAGUUGGUGAAGCGACGAUUAAAUGUGGCUGUGGAAGAGAUUUUCGAACUGUUUGAGAAGACCAUAGCGGAGUACGAGGAGGAACUUUGUCGAGCGAAAGAGGAGAACGAGCGGCAACGCGAACUACUGGACGCUGUUUUCACGCCUCAGUCUGGGCUCGAUGGAGCUGACACUCAGCAUCCAGUAGAGAUUCCUCCUGAGCCGCAGCAAGCGUGGAGUUCUGCUGUGGAGCACAUUAAAGAAGAAGUGGAAGACGUGUGGAGCAGUCAGGAUUGGAAGCAACUUCCAGGCCUGAAGGCGGCAGAUGCCACCUCUGAUCACCCUGUGAAACAUGAAGACAGUGAAAACAAAGUUUCCGCUUAUCAGCUUCGCUGUAGUCAAAGCGAGCAGAACAGACAUGCUGGCAGAAGGUCACAAGCACACAACAGCAGGGCGCCGCUGUCCGAUAUGGACGAGCGUGACGUCACGUCGUCCGAGACCGAUGGCAGUGACGACGCCAAAGAACGUUCCAAGCGUUCUAAGGACAGCAAAGCCGCCGGCAAGCGACUCUUCAACUGCUCCGAAUGCGGCAAAACCUUCAGCCGGAAGGGAACUUUGAACCGACACAUGAGGACGCACACCGGAGAGAAACCUUUCGCUUGCUCGUUUUGUUCCAAAAUAUUCUCUUUAAAGCAUCACAGAGACCGACACAUGCAAAUACACACCGGAGAGAAACCCUUUUCCUGUUUAUUUUGCCCUAAAAGAUUCAGAGACAGGUCCAAAAUGAUGACGCACAUGAGAACGCAUGCCCCUGAGCUGCCCGUUUCCACCAGUCCGCACGCCACGACGGCCGUUGGAGAUCACGCUAAUGCUUCUCCCUCGCAACUCGACAACCGGGCUCCGCUAUCGGACCUGGACGACGCCGUGUCACACUCUUCCGGAAGCGAGCAAGGCAACAACGCUGAAGACGCCGGCAAGACCUCCAAGAGGUUCACGUGUACCUUCUCGCUAUGUCGCAAGAGUUUCUCCCGGAAGGACUAUUUGGAGUUACACAUGAAAAUGCACGCGGAGGGGAAUUUCACCUGCCCUGUUUGCCAUAAGAGAUUCUCCAGUCAAAAAUACGUGAUGAUACACAUGAGGACGCACACUGGGGAGAAGCCGUUCGGUUGCAACGCCUGCGAUAAGAAGUUCACGUACAAGUACCAGGUGACCAGACACAAGUGUGUCGGCGCCGUUGAUGUCAGCGCAUCGGAAGCGACGUCUUUGGAGUGAUUUGCUGGGAUGUAAGAUUAUUUGUCAAAAAACGUCAAGUUUAUGUUCAUUGUAAAAAUUGUCUUUGUGUUCCCCGAGAAAUUGAUUUUACUUUUCAACUCUGUAUCUAAUUGUGACCUGAGAACCGCAGAGAUGACAAAAGUGGAAUGUUUCCAUAAAUAAAAAACAAUUUAAGUCUU